AUGCCGGCCAACCGCACCAAGGGCAGCCCCGAUUCCAAUGGGACCAUGCAGACACUGGCUUCGUCCCCGGCUGCCUGCACUGAAACAGUGACUUUCACCAACGUGGCGGAGGGAGAGGCAUGGGGCUCUUUCCACCAUUCUUAUAAGACUGAGCAGUUGGUAACUCUGUGGGUCCUCUUCGUUUUCACCAUUGUUGGAAAUGCCACUGUGCUGUUCUCCACAUGGAGAAGGAAGAGAAAGUCCAGGAUGACAUUCUUUGUGACACAGCUGGCCAUCACAGACUCUUUCACAGGGCUGGUCAACAUUUUGACAGACAUCAUUUGGCGAUUCACCGGAGACUUCAUGGCACCUGACCUGGUUUGCCGAGUGGUCCGCUAUUUGCAGGUGGUGCUGCUCUACGCCUCGACCUACGUCCUGGUGUCCCUCAGUAUAGACAGGUACCACGCCAUCGUCUACCCCAUGAAGUUCCUGCAAGGAGAGAAGCAAGCCAAAGUCCUCGUCAUGAUUGCCUGGGCUCUCUCCUUCUUGUUCUCCAUUCCCACCCUAAUCAUAUUUGGGAAAAGGAAACUCUCGAAUGGAGAAGUGCAGUGCUGGGCCGUGUGGCCUGAUGACUCCUACUGGACGCCGUACAUGACCAUCGUGGCCGUCCUGGUGUACUUCAUCCCUCUGACCAUCAUCAGCGUCAUCUAUGGAAUUGUGAUCCGGACUAUUUGGAUUAAAAGCAAAGCCCAUGAAACAGUGAUUUCCAAUUGCUCAGAUGGAAAACUGUGCACCAGUUACAAUCGAGGGCUCAUCUCAAAGGCAAAAAUCAAGGCCAUCAAGUAUAGCAUCGUCAUCAUUCUCGCCUUCAUCUGUUGUUGGAGUCCGUACUUCCUGUUUGAUAUGUUGGACAAUUUCAGUGUCCUGCCAGACACCAGAGAGCGCUUCUAUGCCUCUGUGAUCAUUCAGAACCUGCCAGCCUUAAACAGUGCCAUCAACCCCCUCAUCUACUGCGUCUUCAGCAGCAGCAUCUGCUCUCCCUAUCGGGAACGGAGAUCACGGGAUUCCAGAAUGACCUGCCGAGAGAGAACUGAGAGGCAUGAGAUGCAAGUUCUGUCCAAGCCAGAAUUCAUCUAGACUCCGGGGCAGUGGUAAUGCUAGGCUGGUUGCCAUCGCUCUCCUGGCUCCUCAUCAACAGCUUGGGCACUUGCAUGGCACCUGAGCCCUCCCAUUCUACUCCUGUGAUCACUUGGAGCUAGCUGCAUGAGGCAAACUCCUUAUAAGCAUGUGUUUGCUACUUCAGCAAGUGCUGUCCAAUAGAAAGUCAACAACUCUCCAAGCUGUCCAAGAAAGACAGCGCUCCUGCCUACCACAGCCCUUAGCCCUACUGGUCAGCACCAUGACCCAGUGGACAGAGACAUCACCGACAGGAGCUACAGACUGAAGCGCUGAGGGAACAAACAAGGACUGGAGAAAAAUGAAGCCGGGUUGCAUGUAAGGCUUCUCAUUAUAAUUCAAGAAGUAAAUUGCAGACUUUGCUAGGUCUAGCUGUUUUAAUUGCCCCCCAUUUUUGUGGUGAGGGUGCAGUCGUGUAGCCAAGAAAAUGUUUGUCCU